AUGUUCUCCGGCUACAUCGCCAGGAUGGACAAAAACACUCCAGUGCACCGUGUUCUCCAGCGCUCCCAGCAGGGGGUGCUAGGGGGAGGGGACGCGCGGGGGGGGGGGAGGCGGCACCCGAGCCCCGAACAUGGCUUCCUUCCCUGCGGAUCCCGCCGCGCCCGGCCGCGGCCCGGGGGGGCCCCCCCCCCGCCGGCGGGCGAGUCCCGCCAACUUCUGCCAACUUUAGCGGCCGCCCCCCCUUCCCCGCCGCCCGCCGCGGGCUCCCCGCCGCCGGCGGCCCCGCCGCGCUUCUCCCCGGAGCAAGUGUCGUGCGUGUGCGAGGCGCUGCUGCAGGCCGGCGACCCGGGCCGGCUGGGCCGCUUCCUGGGCUCGCUGCCGGCCGAGCCGGAGCAGGCGGCGGGCGGCGAGAGCCUGGCCAAGGCGCGGGCGCUGCUGGCCUUCCAGCGCGGCGACUUCGGGGAGCUGUACCGGCUGGUGCAGAGCCGGCCCUUCGCCGCCCCGCACCACCCCUUCCUGCAGGACCUCUACCUGCGCGCCCGCUACCGCGAGGCCGAGGCGGCCCGGGGCCGGGCGCUGGGCGCGGUGGACAAGUACCGGCUGCGCAAGAAGUUCCCGCUGCCCAGCACCAUCUGGGACGGCGAGGAGACGGUGUAUUGCUUCAAGCGCCGCUCGCGGGCCGCCCUGCGCGACUCCUACGGCCGCAGCCGCUACCCCAGCCCCGAGCAGAAGCGGCGCCUGGCCCGCGACACCGGCCUCUCGCUCACCCAGGUCAGCAACUGGUUCAAGAACCGGCGGCAGCGCGACCGCAGCGGGGGAGGCGCCGGCACCCCCAGCAAGAGCGAGUCGGAUGGGAACCCCAGCACGGAGGACGAGUCGAGCCGGGGGCUGGAGGAGACGGAGCUGGCCGUGGGGACACCCGCCGCGCCGGAUGGGGCCGGCGCCUCGGGGAACCUCUUCUUGCCAGCGCCCAGCGGGGCCUCGUCUAUCCUGCUCAACGGCAACUUCAUCACCACGGCCGGCCCGCAGGCCAUGCUGCUGAACAGCGGCUCCGUGCUCCAGGCGCCAGGCGGGGUGCUCAUCAACGGGCUGGCGCUGGGCGACAGCCAAACCAUCACCCUGAGCCCUGUGGCGCCCACCCCGCCCGUGCUUCUCAACGGCACCGCCCUGGCGGGGGCCAAGUCCCCAACCGGCACUGGCCUGGAGUCACCGCCGGCCACCUCAGCCAGGCCUGACAUCAAGGCGGAAGCCGGCGAGGCGCUGCCCUCUCUGGUGUUCAGCCCGGGUGCCUUGGAGGUGAAGACGGAGGAGAGCCAGGUGGUCGGGGCCCUGUCCGAGGUGCCCACGUUCCUUCCCCUGCCCCCGGCCGCGUCCGACCCGAAGGGGGUGCUGCUUCCCGCGCCAGCCAGCUCAGUGCCCCAGGUGGUGCCGUCGGGCGAGGAAGCGCCCUGCCCGGCCCCGGCGCUUCCCCAGCCGGUGGCCUCCGGCUCCCAGAUCGUCCCCCUCUCCCACGUGGUGCCCAGUUCUCAGCCUGGCCAGGCCCUGCCGGUGACGUCGCCUCCCCCGGCUGCCACCCCGCUCCUGCAGGGCUCUCCCCUGCUGUCCUUCCCCACCCUCACCUCGCCCAUCCCGGGGCCAUCUCAGGCUGCCCCGGUGCCAGCUGUGGUCCAUGUCCCCGCCCCACCCCUGAUCCCUAUCUCCCAGGUCUCGCCCCCCUCCCAAGUGGUGCCCCUGUGCCAGCCGGCCCCAGGCACCCCGGUGCUGUCGCCUCCCCAGACGGUGCCGCUCUCACCCACCCAGGUCUACUCAGUGCCCCAGGGGGCCCCCGCCCCGCAGCUUCUGUCAGUGCCCCAGGGCUCCCAGCUCAUCUCGCUCCCGCAAGUGGUGCCCACGUCGCAGGUGGUGACGCUGCAGCAGGGGGUGGGGCCAAUCCAGAUCCUGGCCAGUGCCGCCCCACUCAAGGUGGGGGCUCCGCAGGCGGCCGGCGGGACUGUGGGGCAGAGCAACGUGCACCUCAUCAAUGCCAACGUGGGCGUGACCACGCUGCAGCUGCCUGCCGGCGCACCAGGGAACUUCCUCCUGACAAACCCAGUGCCGGGUGGCGGCACCAUCCUCACCGGCAUGACGCUCCAGCAGGGCAAGCUCAUCCUGACUGCCACCUUCCCGGCCACCAUGCUCAUGUCCCCGGUGCUCUCCACCCCCGCUGGCAGCCUGGCCCUGCCCAUCAAGCAAGAAACGGCGCCACUAACAGCGGCCAGCACCCCCAUCCCAGGGCCCGUGAACUCCGAGGGCACCGGGGCGGGCCAGCCGGCCUUGGCUUUCGGGGCGGACGGUGUGGCUGGCCGCCAGCCUGGCAUCCUCUCGAACUUCCCCCAGGAGGGCCUGGUGCUGUCCCCGCUGCCUCAGCCGGCAGCGUGGCCCGGCUCGGCGGGCAUGGAGAUGCAAGCGGCUGGCACUGAGGGGCUCUUUGAGAUGGAGAAGGGGGCGGUGGAGGUGCUGGACGGCACGGAGCCGAGUGGCCUCCUGCUGCCCGAGGGCGAGGGGCUGCUGCUGGGCAGUUCAGGCAGCGACCCCCUGGAUCCCGAGGGCCUCGACUCGGAUGAGAAGGUGCUGACCCAGCUGCAGUCGGUGCCGGUGGAGGAGCCCCUGGACUUAAGGAGCAAAUCCUGCUGCGUGAUUCCAGCGUGCCCGGGACCAUCACCCCGGUGCGCCUCGCCCCACCUGUAUUUAAUGGUCUCACUGAUUUUUGAAUCACUCUUCCAGCAGGAGGAUAAACACCCCACGAGCUGAACCUUUUUAUAUUAAAAAAUAAAGUGCAUUUAACUUUUGUAAACAUUCACUACGUCGGAGCGGUGGCCGCUCAUGCCAUGGCCAGCCGAGGCCACAUUUCCCGCCAGCCUGGUGGGGUUUGCUCGAGGGGGUACGGUUGAAGGCUUUAGACUCCCCCAAAUCUCACUACAGAGCUACCGGAGAGCCGUUUUGGUGCGGAGUCCUCUCCAUACAGGAUGCCUGGGUCCAGAUCUACCACAGGACAGGAUUCCUCCCCCUGUGGGACAACCAGGUUCUCGAUCUGCGGUAGAACAGGACUCCUGGGUCCCAGAUCCACACCAGACCAGAUCCCAGCCUGACGGAGUAAUCGGGUUCUAGAUCUGUGCCAGGCUGGGAUUUCUGCUCCAUGGAGUAACUGGGUUCUGGAUCCACACGGGAGUGGGAUCUGUCUGCCACCAUGGAGUACUCAGUUUCUAGACCUACAUUGGGAUAGAAGCUCUCCCCUGCCAUGGAGCUACUGGAUUCUAGAUCCAUGUCUCAAUGAGAACCCUGCCUCAUGGAGUAGCCAGUUUCUUGAUCCCUGGCAAUAUGGGAUCUCUUCCCCCCCCGCAAGGAAACCACCAGGUUCUUGAGCCACACUGGAACUGGAUCCUCAACAGUGCAACUGGAACCACAUCAGAAUGGGUUCCCACCCCUGGAGCUUCCAGGGUUCUAGAUCAUCGUCUGAAUGGGUCCCAGCUUCAUGGAGCUUCCAGGUUCUAGAUCCACAUUAGAAUGGGUUCCCACCCCUUGGAGCAACUGGCUUCUCUUGGACCCACCUCGGAACAAGCUGCUCUUUGUGGUUUUUCAGCCUUUGUUGUCAUCUGGGACCGGAUCCGCUGUCGUCCUCUCUUCUUUCCCGGUUCCUCAUCCUCAAAAUCCAGAGCUUCCAUUGUGACUCCUUGAAGUUGUUCCCACCAUGGCGCCCAUGGGCUCCUCUGGCACCCUGGCCUCCCAUGAGCCUGCUGGGUUUCUCUGGCUGUCCAAGACGAACAAACUGGAGGCGGGGUCAGCUCUGUCUGGCAAGCCAGCGGUGUGGCACCGGUGGUUCCUUCCCUUCCCCCUCCACCCGUGCACCAUGGUUAUUUGUGAGGGACCCAGACUGGACACUUGAAUCUUGGGGCACUGCCUCCUGUCCCACCCUCCUCUCACCAGGUACUAGUGCAUCUCACUAUUAUUAUUAUUAUUAUUAUUAUUAUUGUGUUCACCAUUUUGCUACAAUUUUUUUUUGUGAGGAACAAUCAUUUCUACCCCAUAUUCUUUUUUUUUUUUUUUAAAGAAGCUUCUGUCGUCAUCCCUAUACACUAUUACUGUUGAUUUUUUUUUUUAAUGUAGCGCUGUGUGUCUGUCUGUCUGUCCAUCCAUCCAUCCUGGUACUGUAUGAAAUUUGUAUAUCCAUAAAUAUAUCUAUAUUCUAUA